CUCGGAAGCUGGGUUGUUCGGGUUGAGCUGAGCAAACAUGGGUUCGGGGUUCGCAGCCGCCGCUCUACUCGCCGUCCUGGCGCUGGCGACAGUCGCAGCUGCAGAUGGUGGCCGUCCGAUUGUGGUCACCAGCUACGGGCCACUGGAGGGGAAGCGUGUGUCGGUGAGAGGGACGGACACGCCUGUCUACAGCUACCUGGGGAUCCCUUUCGCCAAACCCCCCGUCGGCCCCCUGCGGUUCUCGAGGCCGGAGCUGCCCGAGGGGUGGACCGGGACCAGGAAAGCCACGGCCUUGGCCCCAGGGUGCCCACAGGACUCCACCAUGGAGGACAUGCUGCUGGAGAUGAUGAAGAUCACGUUGGCCCCGCGGACGUACAGUGAGGACUGCCUGUACCUGAAUGUACACACUCCCGUCAGCCCCACCAACACCCAGACCAAGCUGCCCGUGAUGGUGUGGAUCCACGGCGGUGGUUUUGCGGUCGGCAGCGCCACGUUCUACGACGCCUCGCCGAUGGCAGCGUACGAAGGGGUGGUGAUAGUGGUGAUCCAGUACCGGUUGGGGAUGCUCGGCUUCUUCAGCACGGGUGAUGCUGCAAUGCCGGCAAACGUGGGCAUGUUGGAUCAGGUUGCAGCCCUGCAGUGGGUCCAAGCAAACGUCGCCAGUUUCGGGGGUGACCCCAGCUCCGUCACCAUCUUCGGGGAGUCGGCCGGGGGGAUGAGUGUCUCGCUGCUGCUCGUUUCUCCGCUGGCCUCUGGCCUGUUUCACAGGGCGAUCUCGGAAAGUGGCACCGCGUUGCUGCAGGGCCUUAUCACCAGGGAUCCAAUGUCAUCAGCUCAGCUGGUGGCCAACAAGACGGGCUGUGGCAUGGACACUUCACAGGAACUGAUUAACUGCCUGAGGAGCAGGUCAGAAGAAGAGCUUGUGAACCUCACCAAAAGCAAUCUGAUCGUACCUAUAGUGGUGGAUGGAGUGUUCCUGACCAAAGAAGUUGAUCAACUCCUUGAGGCAAAGCAGUUCCACAUGGUCCCGUAUCUGUUGGGAGUCACUAAUCAUGAAUGUGGCUGGCUCAUGGCUCAGUUCGUGAAUCAGCCUGGCUGGCAGGAAGGAAUGGACAGAGAGAUGGUUGAGAAGGCCAUCAGAUCCACAAAGCUGCUGCCGCCGGAGGAUGUGGAGCAAGUCCUGGAUGAAUACUUGGGAGACACGCAGGACAGGACUCAGAUCCGGGACCUACACCUUGAGCUGCUGGGAGACUUGUUCAUGGUGUUGCCAACUAUCCGCACUGCAAGGUUAUACCGAGAUGCGGGCGGCCCGGUGUUUCUGUAUGAGUUCCAGCACAGCACCAGCAUCGUCCGCCCCGGCCGGCCCGACUUUGUGAAGGCUGACCACGGAGAAGAGAUCGGCUACGUCUUUGGUGCUCCCUUCUGGGACGGAGACGUGGUUUUAUCAGACAACGUCACGGCAGAAGAGAUGGCUUUAAGCAGAACUGUGAUGAGUUACUGGGCCAACUUUGCCAAGAACGGGGACCCGAAUGGUGAGGGGCUGGAGUUGUGGCCGGUCUACGGCAGGAACGAGAGCUACCUGCAGCUGGACGUGAGCCAGAGUGCCGGGACCCAGCUGAAGGAGCAGCGGAUGAGGUUCUUCACCGAGACCCUGGGCUACGGCGUGGGGUCGGAGAGGGAACCGCCCCAGACAGGAGCUGACCGGUGGGGCCCCAUUGUGUGGACGGAGGGAGGACUGAUUCGGGGAACGCUGAUGGAGGUGGAAGGAAGUCCCAGGCCUGUGUUUGGAUACUUGGGGAUCCCCUUUGCCGCUCCUCCCGUGGAUUCACUGAGGUUUGCUCCGCCCCAGAGAGCCCAGUCCUGGUCUGGAAUCCGGAACGCCACCAGCCAUCCUCCCAUGUGCCUUCAGAAGGUGCGGAGAGCGUUCCCUCCUUUUGCUGUACCUGCCAGUGAGGACUGUCUCUACCUCAGUGUCUACGCCCCUGGCCGGCCCUCUGGCUACACCACCCCCAUACCGGUGAUGGUCUGGAUCCAUGGAGGGGCCUUCAUCCUGGGGAAAGGCUCCAUAUUCUACGGCUCAGCGCUGGCCAGCUUUGGCAACGUGGUGGUUGUGGUCAUCCAGUACCGGCUCAGCGUGGCCGGCUUCCUCAGCACGGGUGACGAGGGGGCGAGGGGCAACGCCGGCUUCCUGGACCAGCUGGCAGCGCUGCAGUGGGUGCAGAGGAACGCCGCCCAGUUCGGGGGAGAUCCAGGGAGCGUCACGCUGUUCGGGGAGUCAGUCGGGGCUCUCAGCAUCACCCUGCACACGCUGUCUCCUCUCUCCACCGGCCUGUUCCACAGAGCCAUCGUGCAGAGCGGGAGCGCCCUGAUGCCCGGCGCCCUGCCCCCUCGACCCACCCAGCUGGCCGAGGAGGCGGCAGCGGCCGGGGGCUGCGAUGACCCUCGGACUCAGCAGCUGCUGAACUGCCUCAGGAGUAAGAGCGAGGAGGAGAUGGCACAGAUUGUCAACAGUGUGAACAACAUGUACCAGCUAAUUCCCUUCGUGGUGGACGGCAACUUCCUUCCCGAUGAUCCUCAGAAAAUGUUCCAGGACGGGAUGUUCCGGAGAAUUCCAUACCUGCUCGGGGUGACGACCGAGGAGGGUGUGAAGAGUCUCGUGCACUCAGAGGUCAUCAUUAAGCCUGACUGGGAGGCGGGGAUUAGCACGGAAGAAAUUCGGGAGAAGAUAAAGGUGUAUCUGAACCCACUGUUUGGUGCGGAGAAUGGAGAGUCGAUUUUUGACGAAUACUUCAAGGAUGUACACAACCCUGAGCUUCUGAAGGAGCGUUACCUUGACUUGUUCGGUGAUGUGUUCAUCUCCAUUCCAACUCUGAGAGUGGCGCAGUACUACCGAGAUGCGGGAAACCCUGUGUUUCUGUACGAGUUCCAGCACCAGGCCAGCUUCCACAGGAGGAGGACACCGCAGUUCACCAGGGCCCCGCACGGGGCAGAGCUUGCCUUCGUCCUUGGGGGACCCUUCAUCCGCGACUUUGAUGCGCUGCUGGGCACCACAACCGAGGAGGAAAAGGAGCUCAGCAAGAAGCUGAUGAUGUAUUGGGCAACAUUCGCCUGGACUGGGGAUCCCAACACGAGUCAACUCCCUGUCUGGCCAUUGUACGGUGACCAUGAAGAGUUUAUGCAACUCAACCUGACCCUGCAGCAGGGGUGCGGGCUAAAGACCGACAAACUCCGAUUCUGGUCCAACAAACCAGCAAAGAGAAUUGCAAAAAUAUUAAUAUAAUUACAAGUGCGCUCCAAUUCAAUUCUAUGUUUGGUUUAGAAAAAAAUAUUAGCUUGUUGAAUGGAAGCCAAGAGUCAGGAGAGUCAACAGUGUUUCAUUAUUUGAAGAAGGGUCUUGCCCAGAAAAGUUAUCUAUCCAUGUUCUGCAGAGAUGCUGCCUGACCUGCUGAGUUACUCCAUCACUUUGUGUUUAUUUAGUAUUUAAUUGUCAUACUGGAUGAAAAACAUCUUCCUCAAACCCAUUGAAACAUCUUCACCCGAAAGGGCCUGUCCCACUUGGCGAUUUUUUUCGGCGACUGCCGGCAUCAUUGACUGACGUGUCAGGCCACCGAAAAAGUCGUGGCGUGACGCGGCGUGAUGACAUAUUGACGCGCGGCGUUUCCUCAAGUGUCGCAACAUUGUUUUUGUCGCCGCUAGAUUUUGAAAUGUUCAAAAUCUUUCGGCUACUCUGAUUCGUCAGUCAAUGACGUCGGCAGUCGCUGAAAAAAUCGCCAAAGUGGUACAGGCUCUUAAUUCUCCGUCUGCCAGUUUUGUUCAUACGGAAAUAGGUUUCCUGCAGUUAGUACUAUCUAUACACCAGAUAAUUUUGUACAACUCAUUCAUGUCCCCUCUUAUGUGUGUGAAGGAACUACACCGAAGAUAUACACAAAGACGCUAAGUUACUCCAGCACUUUGUGUCUCACUUCAUAUCCCCUCAUAUUCUGUAUACACAAGAGACUGCAGAUGCUAGAAUCCUGAAACAGAAGGUUUAAAUUCAACAUUCCACUCACACUCAUUGACUCAUUCAUUUUGGUGGAAGUGACGAGAGAAUGUAGAACUAGGAAGAUGAUGCCAAACGCAGGUUAGAAUUGGACGAGCUGCUAAAGAUUUAGGAAUUAGAUGCAAAAUUUGUAACGGUGGUUUUACGGGACGGGAUGAGUUCUGCGCCUCUGGACCAGAUAUCACCUCUGCCAGUAAUGACCACACACUGCGAAAAAUAAAAUAUUGCACAACA